UGAUGUAUGCAUUAGAUGACUUGCUAUUUGAAUUAAAACGUAUAAAAGGCAGAGGCUUGAUGUAGCCAGCAGUCAAGGAGUAUCUUACCACCAGACACAUCACCAUGAAAUAUCUCUUGCUGCUCGUUGUCGCUGUCUUCGCAGUCAGCUCAGUGUCUGCGAGGGGCAAAUGGCAACGACCGUGCAAAGGUAAGUGGUGCCAUGGAGGCGGAUACGGAGGUGGAUCCGGCUAUGGUGGAUACGGCGGUGGUGGAUACGGAGGUGGAGGAUAUGGCAUGUCCGGUGGUUAUGGCGGCGGAUUCGGCGGCUAUGGAGGUGGCGGCGGAUACGGUUAUGGUGGCGGCAUGGCCGGUGGUUAUGGUGGUGGUUUUGGCGGUGGAAUGAGCGGUGGAUACAUGGGAGGAUACGGUGGAUUUACUGGUGGAAAGAAAUUCGGCGGCUAUGGCGGCUAUGGAGGUGGUGGAUAUGGUGGUAUGUCCGGUGGUUAUGGUGGUGGAUUCGGCGGAUACGGUGGCAUGUCCGGUGGAUUCGGCGGAUACGGUGGCAUGUCCGGUGGUUAUGGUGGCGGAUAUGGCGGAUUCGGAGGUGGCAUGGGUGGCGGUUAUGGAGGUGGAUACGGCGGAUUCGGCGGAAGAGGCCGAUACUGCAAAUGCGCUCCACGAUGCAACAAAUGGCAGAAGUUUGUCGGCCGAUGCCCAUGGUGCAAGAAGGGCUGCAAGCUGGUGUUCUGUUGCAACCGCGGUAAAAUGUAAACUCUAUGAGAUACUGACACCUUACGACGGAUUUCUCCUGAUGACUCCAUUGUACAUUGUUCAUUUAGUAUAUGUAUUUCAAAUAAAGCAUCUUUAAAUUACAA